GGUUUAGAUUUCAUUAGAAUUACUGACUAAUUGAGUGAUGCUUUCACUGCAAUAUACUCUACAAUACAUACACUCAUUGACUAUACCUUUAGUGCAUUGAAUCACUCACUGAGUCAUACAUUGACUCUUCAAACGAUACAAUCAUUCGAUUAAUUGAUUGAUUCAUCAAAUGUUGACAUCAUUUCAAUACAAGUGAAGACAUUUGAAGACAUUUUUUGGAUGUAAUGGAGACACAAAUGGAUUCAAUGGAUGACAAAUCGGCUAAUGAUUCGACCAAAAGACCAAAGAAACAAGUGAUACAUCAAUACCAACAUUUGGUGGACAAAGAGUUGGACCAAAAGUAUCCACACUUGGAUUCAAUAGACAAAUAUUGCAAUCAUUUUCAUAAAGUCUUUCAAAAUGGUCGCUACUAUUAUCACUGUAACGACCAAUCGUGUCAUUUCUCGACCAACAAGUCGUCGAUAGCUGUCCGACAUAUCCGAAGACAUAUCAAUGAAAAGCCAUACAAGUGUUGGCUCAACAACUGUGGCCAACAAUUCUACCAGAAGUGUGAACUACGCGUUCAUGUGAUCCGACAUAUGGAAGACAAACCAUUCAAAUGCACUCAAAAUAAUUGCAUAAAGAGUUAUACGAAUCGCAAAGCACUGUCUCUCCAUCUGAAGAGUCAUUCGACACUUGAGUAUCACUUUGAUUGUAAUCUAUGCCCCAAACGAUUUGUCACCAAAUGGUUACUCAAUAAACAUCUCAAAGACAGACAUUCCAACAAUGAAAUGAUUGGUUCCAAACCAUUGAGUGUCACCGAUGCCAAUAGUCAUCCAAUUGCCAAAACAAUUGAUAUGAUUAAGAAAAUAAAAUUAGAUAUAAAGCCUAAACCGGUGACCAAUAAUAAGGUGAUUAUAACGAAGUCGAAACAAGAGAUCCGAUCCAAAGAGAAUAUUUCUACCAAUUUGUCGGAUUAUGGUUUUGAGGAAGUGAUCAAAUAUGUCAUCAAAAAUAAACGCAAUAAUAAGCCAUUAGUUAAUGAGAUAAAUCAUCAGAAUUUAGUUGAAAAUUGUCAUCAAUUGAGUUCUAACCACAAUAACGAUCAUUUGCCACAUGAAUCGCCACUCGACAUGACAUUCAAAUGUUGCCAAUCAAUGCAAAUGUCAAAACAGUCUUUAAAUGAAAACUCAAAUCAAAAGUCAGUGAAUUUGUCGAACAAAAUACAGAAAGAGAUGUCUGAGCUUUUGUUUGGUACGUGUGUUGAUAGUAUUGAAUCACUUAUCGAAAUAAAGAGCUCAAAGAAGUUAUUUCGUUCAGAGAAUCGCUUUAUCUUUCAAUGCUUUGUCUGUGAAUUUAAUUCUGUAUUCACUAAUGAUAUCAUUGAACACAUUAGUCAACACUUAAGUCAUAAAUUAACAGAAUGUCUAACAAAAAGAUGUCAAGAGAUUACCAAUGAUUUUAUAAUAGCUAUCGAACAGCAAUUCAUAACAAGUGUUUCAAAAUUUAACAAAUUUAUUGAAAACAUCAAACAUUGAUUUGACAUCUGAAUUGACAAACAAAUCGACAAAUUGUUAUUUUGAUAUUUUUAAUCAAAUUUUGUUUCUAUUUAUUUUUAAAACCUAUACCAUAUUAUUCU